GCUCAGGCUGGAUAAGGACUCAGAGUUGCACUGAGUGUGGCAGAGACGUCCGGGCAGGAACGCGCUCAGGCAGGAAGGCAGACAGAGAGACGGACGCGGACUCGGCCAACCUGGACGGCCGCGGACUCCGGGCUGCUCCUCGGUUUGUCCUCAUUUCCUCACCAACUACCUGGAUCCAGCGCCCGCGGCUCCAGCACCGGCGUUUUGGGGAGCACUUGGAGAGUCCCAUCUCCCGCCUUCCCCGGAGAAGCAGCUCCCCAGCCCCGGCACUGCUGACAGCAUCGGGAGCGGCGCCUGCCCGCGCGAGGAAAUAGGCGUGCGGCUACGCCGGCCAGCAACUUUCCUGACCCAGAAGACCGGGCAGGGGAACAAGUGGCCCGGAGCGAACUUUUGCAAACCUCUUCUGCGCCUCCGGCUGCCCCCGAGACCGUAAAGAAAAGGGAGAAGAGGAACCUACUACACUCAGCCCGGCUCGCAUAGGCGGCUGAAGUUGGGCGAGCGCUAGCCGCGGCCGCCGCCGCCGCCGAGCGUCCCCCUCCCCCCUCACAGCGGAGGAGGGGACAGUUGUCGGAGUCCGGGCGGCGGAGCCCGAUCGCGGGCUUCCACCGAGAAUUCCGUGGCGACUGGGAUCAGCGCCGCCGGAGAGCCGCUGUCUCUGGAUCUGGCCCGCCGUGUCCGAGGGACCACUUACUACCCGAGAGCGCUCGGUGAGUGACCGCGACUUUUCAAAGUCCGGCAGCGCGCGGGAGUCGACCAACGCGAGUGCAGGCGGUGUCUUAACCCUGCGCUCCCUGCAGCGAGCUGGGGAGGAGGGCGCAGGGGGUAGCACUGCCGGCCGGAGCGCGCGCGCUUAGACAAACUUUACUUGUCGCCGAAGCAGGGACGCGCGGGUGUCCCCCGCUCCCCAGCGCGCUGUUGCGGCCCCGAAACUUCAGCGCACAGCCCAGGCCAACCGCGCGUGAACUGACCGACCGUUCUAUGACUGCAAAGAUGGAAACGACCUUCUACGACGAUGCCCUCAACGCCUCGUUCCUCCAGUCCGAGAGCGGCGCCUACGGCUACAGUAACCCUAAGAUCCUGAAGCAGAGCAUGACCUUGAACCUGGCCGACCCGGUGGGCAGCCUGAAGCCGCACCUCCGCGCCAAGAACUCGGACCUCCUCACGUCGCCCGACGUUGGGCUGCUCAAGCUGGCGUCGCCCGAGCUGGAGCGCCUGAUCAUCCAGUCCAGCAAUGGGCACAUCACCACCACGCCGACCCCCACCCAGUUCUUGUGCCCCAAGAACGUGACCGAUGAGCAGGAGGGCUUCGCCGAGGGCUUCGUGCGCGCCCUGGCCGAACUGCAUAGCCAGAACACGCUGCCCAGCGUCACGUCCGCGGCACAACCGGUCAGCGGGGCGGGCAUGGUGGCUCCCGCGGUGGCUUCGGUAGCAGGCGCUGGCGGCGGCGGCGGCUACAGCGCCAGCCUGCACAGUGAGCCUCCGGUCUACGCCAACCUCAGCAACUUCAACCCGGGCGCGCUGAGCAGCGGCGGCGGGGCGCCCUCCUACGGCGCGGCCGGGCUGGCCUUUCCAUCGCAGCCCCAGCAGCAGCAGCAGCCGCCUCAGCCGCCGCACCACUUGCCCCAACAGAUCCCGGUGCAGCACCCGCGGCUGCAAGCCCUGAAGGAAGAGCCGCAGACCGUGCCCGAGAUGCCGGGAGAGACCCCGCCCCUGUCCCCCAUCGACAUGGAGUCUCAGGAGCGGAUCAAGGCGGAGAGGAAGCGCAUGAGGAACCGCAUCGCUGCCUCCAAGUGCCGGAAAAGGAAGCUGGAGAGGAUCGCCCGGCUAGAGGAAAAAGUGAAAACCUUGAAAGCGCAAAACUCGGAGCUGGCGUCCACGGCCAACAUGCUCAGGGAACAGGUGGCACAGCUUAAACAGAAAGUCAUGAACCACGUUAACAGUGGGUGCCAACUCAUGCUAACGCAGCAGUUGCAAACGUUUUGAGGACAGACUGUCAGGGCUGAGGGGCAGUGGAAGAAAAAAAAAUAUCAGAGACAGACUUGAGAACUUGACUGGUUGCGAAAGAAAAAAAAAAGUGCCGGAGUACCGAAGCCAAGGGUACACAAGAUGGACUGGGUUGCGUCCUGACGGCGCCCCCAGUGUGCUGGAGUGGGAAGGACGUGGCGCGCCUUGCCUUGGCGUGCAGCCAGAGAGCAGCGGCCUGUUGGCUGCCAGGCUUUGCGAACGGGCUGUGCCCGCGCGGCCAGAACGAUGGACUUUUCGUUAACAUUGACCAAGAACUGCAUGGACCUAACAUUCGAUCUCAUUCAGUAUUAAAGGGGGGCGGGGGUGGGUUACAAACUGCAAUAGAGACUGUAGAUUGCUUCUGUAGUGCUCCUUAAGAACACAAAGCAGGGAGGGCUAGGGAGGGGAGGGAGGCUUGUGAGGGCCAGGCUAGACUGCAGAUGAACUCCCCUGGCCUGCCUCCCUCAACUGUGUAUGUACAUAUAUAUUUUUUUUAAUUUGAUGAAAGCUGAUUACUGUCAAUAAACAGCUUCCUGCCUUUGUAAGUUAUUCCAUGUUUGUUUGUUUGGGUGUCCUGCCCAGUGUUGUUUGUAAAUAAGAGAUUUGAAGCAUUCUGAGUUUACCAUUUGUAAUAAAGUAUAUAAUUUUUUUAUGUUUUGUUUCUGAAAGUUUCCAGAAAGGGUAUUUAAGAAAAUACAAUAAACUAUUGAAAAGUAGCCCCCAACCUCUUUGCUGCAUUAUCCAUAGAUAAUGAUAGCUAGAUGGAAUAACAGCUGAGUGUCAAGUUCGCUAGAGUAAAAGCUGUAUUCUCUGUUUGAUUGUAAGAAUAGAUGCCCUGCAUGCUAUCAUUGGGUCAUACUCUCUCCCCCGGCAACCCCUAAGUCCAGACUGUUGACCAGAAGAUGGGAUGGUGUUUCUUGAGGCUGGAAGAAGGGGUAUUGCAAGGGGAGAGGGACAGCCCACUGGGAAAGCAGACACUUCAGUUUAGAGCUGUAUCAAGUGGCAUGUGCUGUGAUCAUUUAAAAUCAUAGUAGAGAUUUAGCAAUAGAUGCUUAUUCUCAAAGCAGGAACCCAUGGAAGUUUUUACAAAAGAUGUCUCCUUCCAACUUGGAACCUGACAAUUCCUAGAGAAAGAUGGCCUUUGCUUGUGCAUAUUUAUAACAGCAUUCUUGUUGCAAUAAAUGUAUUCAAAUAA